CACAGUAAAGAACCCGGUUGUUUGUAUCCGAACUUGACCUCCUAACCUCGUGAACCACCUGUAUAUAAUCCGUGUCUUCCCUCUGCUUCUCAUCACGAUCAUCCGUCUCUCGGAAAGACGCCAGGAGAAUUUGCUGAUUUCGUCCUUCUGCUUCAAGAUGAAGGCUGCGGUUCUCCUGCUCGUUGUUGCUCUUGUUCUCGCACCCCAGUACGGAGAGGCUGGCUUUUUUAAAAAAAUCGGCCAGGCUCUCAAGAAGGGGGUGGUUGCUGUGAGAGACGGGUUGAAGGCAGCUGCUGGUGCUGUCCGUGACGUCAUCAAGAAUGCCAACAUCCAGGUGACCUACUCGCGGCAAAUUAGGGACGCCAGCGGACAGAACACCACACACGGGCUUCACAAUGGCACGUCAGUUCUUUCAGACAUUAUGAAGAAGAGCGGCAUCACGCCCACAGAUGUGAUCGACUUGACCACCAUCCGAGAGCUUUUCAUUGCUGCCGACGAGAACAAUGACGGAGUCUUGAAGGGAGAAGAUAUUGUCGUCUUUCUCACUCUCGUUGAGGGCAUAGUCAGCUCCGAGAACGAAGUCGAUCCAAAGGGACCAAAGUGAUGUAACCCUGUCAUCGCCACAUCAGUUCCUCCUGCACUACAUUCCGAAUUCCACUCUCAGUCUUCACUCUGGUGCUUGCGAGCUUGUUAGACAUAUACUAGAGCUAUGUGUAUAGCUAUUUAGUCAAAUUAUAGAUACUUAGGGAUGUAAUAACAUUUCAAAAUAAAGCGGUGCUUUGCAAGUUC